ACGUUUCGAUUGUCUACGCCCCUAUUUUAGCUGAUAAAUAGACGAGUCGUCGUUCCUGGAAGAUCAGUGAUUGAACCAGGAACCAUCUGAUCAGCACCUUCGUCUACAGAGUGAAUUGAGAUUCUUAGGAGCCUCCAGACUACAUUAGAUCCAGCCAGACUUACAUACAUCAACCAGAUUCAACGUCGUACUGUGAUUGGAAAGAUCUGAGUAUGGCUUUCAAGCUAAGUAUCAUCCUGCUUGGACUGAGUGUCACUGGUCUUGUUGUUGGACGUUGCCCUGAACCCGAAACUCUCCCGUACAAAGUAAAUACGAAUAAAUUCCUUUGUGCGCGCCUCUAUGAUUAUGGUCACCAUGACAAACUGUUAUCAUGCACUGGAGGCACGUGGGAUGUUCUCAACGGGGAGACCUAUCCGGGUAGAGGUUGUGAUGGGUGGAAUGACCGCGUUUCUGCGCUGGUUGUACGACCGGGUUGCACUUUGACUGCCUACGUAAACGGCCAUUUUAACGGUCCUAUUAUGAGAUAUACCGGCAGUAAACCUCAUCUUGGAGGUUGGGACAAUUAUAUGUCUUCGUGGUCAUGCAGUUGUCCCUACACUGACGCUCCGUUGAACUGUAGACCGGAAGAUAGGGUUUCUUCGUUGAAAACUUGCGACAAUAUCAAGGGCGACAAAAUGGAGUGCGUGUUUUCGGUACAGAAAGGCGUGGUUUUAGGAAGAUCUGUUACUCAUGGAAGGAGUGUGUCGACUUCCGUCGAGGUAUCGAUGGGAGCCGUAUUUAAGGAUAUUUUCUCACUUGGGUUGUCGGUGUCCGCUACUACAACGCAUGACUGGUCGAGGAGUCAGAGUAGUGACUUCAGCAGGGUCGUUACUCACACAGUUAAGUGUGGGGUUCCAAAAGGUCGUCGCCUGGCAGUGAAACAAGUCGUCGGCGUAUGUGGGGACACAACAGUGUUCACCAAUGAGUAUCGAUGUGAAAUUUUAACCGAUGAGACCAAUGAAGAGGGAGACAUAGAUGAAAAGACCUGGACAGAUGGGGCCGAUGAAGAGAGAGUCAUAGAUGAAAAGACCUGGACAGAUGUGACCGAUGAGGAAGCCAAUCUGACAAAUGAUAUGCCAGAAUAGUGCCUUCUUCGGCCUAUCAACACAUAUAAAAUGCGCGAUUCGAUCUAUGAGCUUUGGAAUUUCAACCCUGAUUAUAUAAUUGAUAGUUUAUCUGCAUCUUUUUUUCCGUGGUGAUUUGUACAUUGACUUGUAUUUGUUUUAUAGUCUUCAUUAAGUUUCGUAAACUAGUUGAUUCCGACAUUGUUCUUUUUUUUAAAUUUGGAAGAAAUAAUUUCUGUUAGAUUUCUUUCUUUGUUAUUGGUUUGAUCAUGGACCUAUUAAUAGGUCCAUGGUUUGAUGGAUACUCGACACUUUGACUCCACAAAUAUUCAUCGUGUGUGGGAUGUUUUGAAUGAGCUCUUAACAUUCCCAGGAUUCAAAUCAGCUGUAUGUACUCUUGACAUGGUAAUCAUUCGUCUUUUAAACUGAGGAUGGGUUCUCUGUUAUUGGUCUAAUACCAAUUUGAUCUUCCGAUAGUAAAAUUACAACAAUAAGCUUAUUGAAAAAAAAUCAUACUGCAAAAAUAUGUAAAGUCGUACAGUUAAAUAAAAGACGAGAUAUAAGAGAUUCUUUGACGCCAUUUUUUCCCUGGUCUGAUCAAUGUGCUCAUGAUACUUGACUGAACCCCGUAGCUCUCUGUCCCCCUCUCUCUACACAUACACCCUCACACUGACACAGGUCACACACCACACACACACGUGCACCCUCCUACACACACACUUACAUUCACACGCACCCCCCACACAUUGUUUUUCAACAUGUUUUUUUUACAAGCAGAAAUUCAUUAUUACGAUAUUUGAUUUGAGACCAUUCAUGAAAUUAAAACCAAGAUCAUUCAACGCAUUAUCACGUAAUCAACUCUGUUUCGGAAAUAGCAGUCACCCUCCCCUUCCGCAUGGUUUGAAAGAUAAAAAAAGUCAAACAUUUUAAUAAUUUUAGGUAAGGGGCUCAGACAUUCUUACUCUUUAUUCAUGUUAUGAUGAAUACCAUUGACUUGAUACAGGACUGUUUAUUAAGCAACACUAUUUUUUUUCGAAUAAUAAAUUUACCUCGAUUUAAAAUUGCAUGAGUUCCUGAUACAAAUAAUAACGUUGUGGCAUGAUGGGGUUUUGAUAUUUUGACUGCAUCUUCUCGACGGUAUUCAUUUACUUUAAAUGUGUUUUCUUUUGUUUAAUAAAAGUAAUUUCCAGUCGGUAAAUUUCCAAUUUGAUUUACGGCGUUGUAUACAUCAGUCAUUCCAUUAAGCAUUAGUAAGUGAUGUUUUCAUUUCUCGUGUUUAAUGUAAUUCCUCUUAGUACUGCUUUUGUUUCAUCUCGAACAGUUCCAUUGUCAUAUCGAUCUCUUCCUUGCGAAUCAUGAAUUCUUCGUUGAAAUACUAACUUCUCCUUUAUAUAACUUUAAACCAAUUUGUUUUUUUAUUUACCCGGAAGAUAGUUACUAAUAAUUAACGGUGCUUUGGUCAGUAACUCAAUGAUCACUUUGAAUAUUAUUCUCAAUCGGAGAAUUCUGAUGUUCAUCGCUUGUUAUUUAUGGUGGAAGGUAUUAUAAUAAAAAAAUCAAUCAUUGAUUUAUCAAUAU